AUGUUGCAGGGUGCAACUGUGAUGGCCAUAGUUGACUGCGUUGUGAAUAAGACUCGGCAGAAGAUAGAGCCGUCUACUGAUGUUCUGAAAGGGAUAUUAAGACCUGUUGUGGAAGGAGUGAAAGAAAUUUCAUGGCCUCCAAGAGAUCCUGAAGCUAUCAAUCAAAUGGAAAAAGAAAUGAUAAAACGGGAAAAAUAAGGGCAAUUAGACUAAGGUUUUUUCCCAGAAGUUAGUGCUCUGCUACGGCAGGAAAAAGAAGAUAUAGACAAACCAAGGCUUGCGGCUAAGCUUCAGAAAGUUCUACAACUCUAUGCUGCUACGGUCCUCUACAAGCGUAGCUACGCAAAGAAAGGGAACCAAGUUGUAAAGGCGGAGCAUUUUCUGGAAACUCUGAUCAAAGCUCCUGAGGAACAAUGGAACAAGUUUUUCUUAGAAGGGUUAACACUCGGGAAAGGUGAAGUAACACUUGAAGAGCUUUCUGCUGUUAUAAAGAAACGAAUUGAGUGCAUGCUGAUUCGAACUAUAAGUAACAUAAACUUUGAAGGAGGUUCAUACUUGAUCGAGUAUCUCAAAGGGAUCGAGUCCAGAGCAAAUGAAAUUAUAAAAUUACUUCAGGGUUAA